GAUCAACAUCAACCCGUUGGGUUGUUUUGAAUUUCAAAAUAUUGAACCGCAUUAGACCUUGUUAACCCAGACCUGCGUAGCACGGUUCUUCAUUGUUAUCCCAGAUUUUUGUUUCAAGUUCUCACUCAAUCUGCUCUGUUUUUUUUCUACGAAAAGAGCAAAAUUUUCCCACAAAUAAAAAUCCUUCUUUUCUUACCAAGUUGCCUCCUUUGGAGCUAGUUUAGAGUAGAAUUAUUCCGUUUCUUUUCUUAAGCUCUGGGAAAAUAUAUAUACAUUGAACUGUUGAUGGGUUCUUCAGGGAAAUGGGUGAAAUCUCUUAUGGGUGUCAAGAAGAAUGAAAAAGAAGACCAAGAAAAAAUGGGUGUCAAGAGCAAGAAAUGGAAGCCAUGGGGCUCUAAAGGGAAGUUCAGAUCAGAUUCUUCACCAAGAACUGCUGCAAUGGCAGCACUAGCCCGAGCUCCUGCUAAAGAUUUCAGGGUUUUAAGGCAAGAAGGGGCUGCCAUCCGCAUCCAAACUGCUUUUCGUGGUUUCUUGGCAAGAAGAGCUUUGAGAGCUUUAAAAGGAAUCGUGAGGCUUCAAGCAUUAGUUCGCGGCCGACAGGUGAGGAAACAGGCCACCGUAACGCUUCGGUGCAUGCAAGCUCUCAUUCGUGUCCAAGCUCGUGUUAGGGCUCGUCGUGUGCGGAUGUCAACAGAAGGACGGGCAGUUCAGAAGAUACUCGAUGAAUGCCACAGCAAGGAUGAUAUCUUGAAACAAGCAGAGGAUGGCUGGUGUGAUAGCAAAGGAACACUAGAAGAUGUUAAAACAAAGCUGCAAAUGAAGCAAGAAGGAGCCUUCAAGAGAGAAAGAGCUCUAGCUUAUUCUCUUGCUCAGAAGCAAUGGAGAUCAAAGCCUGGUUCAACUAGCCAAACAAAUAGCUCAGGUUUAUAUACCAAAUAUCAAGAAUUCGACAAAAACAGUUGGGGUUGGAGUUGGCUGGAACGUUGGAUGGCGGCCCGGCCAUGGGAGACAAGGUUGAUGGAACCAUCACGGGCCCCACCAUCAAAACAUUGCUUAGAGGGAAAGAAUGCGAGAUCUUCUUCCCCAUGCUUUGUGGAAGUCAGAAAGAACAAUAUCAGCACUAGGAUUUCUGCAAAGCCUCCAUGUAUUGGGCAAGUUACUCAUUCCUCUUCGAGUCCAAGUACCGAGUUUCGGUUCAAUCCAAGUUCAGCUUCAUCGUCAAUAUGCACGUAUUCUACACCUGUUUCUGGUAACACUACCUUGAGUAGUACAGAUAGAACAGAACAAAGUGGCAAUAGUAGACCAGAUUAUAUGAACUUGACAGAAUCUACCAAGGCAAAACAAAGAUCUAGCAACAAUCAUGUCCAUAUGUCUCGACCACUAUAUCCGAAUACGAAUGCUGGAAACAGGUAUGUCUAACAUGGAUAUGUUGUACAUUUGUUCAUUUAGUUCAGUGACAUGGAUUGAUCUUCCUUUCUUUA